AACGUAAACGCAAGGAUUCUCCCCGAGAUAUACACCGGAUUCGUUAUCUCUCUAGCGUUCCUGUUCAUUAAAUUCGGCGCCGUAUAUCCCUUGCACCUUCGCCAAAGCGUUCUCGUUGCCGACUACAUAUACGCACCUCCUCCACAACAAGUUUGCAGUGUCUCUCAUCUACUCACUUAUUACUAACAGCGGAUGCAAAAUGAAGAGAAACAAAGAAUCUCCUCCGCUUCUCUCGUUUGUUAUUGUGGCUCUCUCUUUAGCCUACUGCUCACAGUGCCCGGCGGUGGCGGCGAGGUGCAACAUCUUUCGCGGAGAUUGGAUCUACGACGAGUCGUAUCCUCUCUACGACUCCGCGAGUUGCCCCUUCAUUCGCAAGGAAUUCGAUUGCCUCAAGUACGGCCGGACCGAUACGUCGUAUCUUAAAUAUCGGUGGCAGCCCGAUUCGUGCGACAUCCCGAGGUUUGAUGGAGGGGACUUACUUAAGAGGUGGAAGGGGAAGCGAAUAAUGUUCGUCGGGGACUCGUUGAGCCUGAACCACUACGAAUCGCUUUUGUGCCUGCUUCAUGCAGCGGCUCCGAAUUCGAGGACGAGCUCGUCCCAAUCGGGAGAGCUCAACACCGUCGUGUUUCAGGAUUAUGACGUCACUGUGAUGUACUACACAUCGCAUUAUUUGGUGGACAUAGUGAGCGAGCCCAUUGGGCGCGUGCUCAAGCUCGACUCAAUCCAAGCUGGUCACAUAUGGCUCACCGCGAACGUGCUCAUCUUCAACACUGCCCAUUGGUGGUCUCGCAGUGGACCCACCCGGCCGUGGGACUACGUGCAACACGAUAAGAGUAUAGCGAAGGACAUGGACCGCACCGUGGCAUUUGCUAGGGCAUUGGUAACGUGGAGCAAAUGGGUCGAUGCCAAUAUUGAUCCUGCCACGACCCAAGUGUUCUACCAGGGGGUCUCUCCCGACCAUAACCACGGAGAAGAGUGGGGGAAGCCACACGCGACAUGCGCAGGCGAAACACAACCGAUAAAAGCAUCGGGAUUCACGGCGCCCUCGCCGACACAACGAACCGUCGUGAAGAACGUGUUAAGGAUGAUGUCGAAGCGAGUGUAUCUCCUAGACAUUACAUUCCUCUCGCAGCUCCGAAAAGACGCGCAUCCGUCGAAGCACAACGGAAUCCACUUCCGCGACGACUGUAGCCACUGGUGCCUCGCCGGACUCCCGGAUACGUGGAACCAGCUACUUUAUGCAGCUCUGCUCGGAUUGACGUGAUAAUUUUAUAUGACAUUUUUUUUUUCUUUUGCAAAAGAAAAAAGAAUAAAAAAGAUUACAAAGAAUUACAUGAGCAGCAGCAGGAGGUUCAAGUUAACUAAUUAAUAGUGUAGGUACUAUCACAGGGGUACCUAGUUUUAUAGGAAAUUUACAAAAAAAAUUAUAUAAAUAUAUUGUAGAAAUAAAAUAGUAC